AUAACAUCUUUGACAGUGGACCGGACCCGCCGCUCGUUGCAGCGCUGCCACUUUAACUUCAAAGUUACAUGUACACAGUGCUGCAGAGUUGCGACGGUGCCACUUUGUUAUUGUCAAGAUAUUGAAAAAACAAUAUCUACGAAACGGCUCUCACAUUACCUAUCUUAUUUUUCGUGAAGUUGUCCUGGUGUUUAAACGUUACCAAAAAGUUUUAUGUUGUUGAGAGUGCUCAAACCAGGUUGCAAAUUCGUCUCCGAAAUUGAAAUACAUAGAGAUCAGUGACCAGAAUAUAACAAAGAGUGAUCCUUGAGUGUUUUGAGUAGUGUUUGAUUUCAACGCAGACAAGCAUUUGUCGAUACAAAAAUUAACCUUGAAUUGAUGGCUGCUGUCGAGCUAAUGCCGAUUUGUGGUGCCGGUGGUCCAGGAAGAGAAUCGUCCUUUUGUCACUGUAGUGUUGAAACUAUCCAAGACUCAUGUCGAUGCGGCGAAGAAGCGGACUGUCACGAGUGGGCAUGGGAUGAUGCCUUUUGUACGCCAGAUACACACUUAGUUGGUAAUAACCGGGGAGUACUCUUUCACCCGGGCUACAGCUCAGGCACUGCUGCAGUUCGUGGAGACACACCAUGCGAAGCUGGAAGAGAUUAUUAUUGGGAAAUAAAAAUGCUUACACCUUUGUAUGGGACAGAUGUGAUGGUGGGUGUUGGAACCCCUAAUGCAGAGCUAUCCAAAUCUCGCUACCAGUUCUGCAGUCUUCUAGGGUGUGACCAGGAAUCUUGGGGUUACUCGUAUAAAGGGCAUAUACAACACAAUGGUGAGAAAAAGUCAUACGGGCCUGGGUUUGGCCAGGGUAGUGUCAUAGGUGUUCGUUUAGAUAUGUGGAAUGGGACACUACAGUUCUUUUUAAACAGAAUCCCGCUAGGUAUUGCAUUCACCAAUUUGAAGGGCAAAGUUCUCUAUCCAAUGGUGUGUUCUACUGCAGCCCAUUCAUCGAUGCGAGUAAUAUACUCCUUCUCUUGUAAAUCAUCGCUGCAACUUUUGUGCAUGCAAGAACUGACUAACAACAAAGUACAAAUGGAACACUUAAUGCGUGUACCAGGAUUUAGAAACAGUUUACAGAGAGCUUUUUGGUGGCUUGCUCCAGAUCCUUAUAUUCAUAAUUGUAAGCUGGCAUCUGGAACCAUGAAUGUUAAAGACAGCACAGAAAGUCAUGCAACACAGCAGGAAGACACUGAACGUGAUACAACGGCCAUAACGGGAUGUGUGUCACAUGUGAUUUUGGACAGUGAUGUGGACAGUGACCUAGAGACAUCGUUGCUCGAAAAUAGUCAUGCAGGCUUAGUCAGUGCGCACAGCUAAAUAUGAGAGAAAUAAGACUUCCCAUGUUUUGGACAAAAGUGUAAUUUUACUGGGAUUUGCUGAAGGACCGGUCUUUGUACCACUGAAAGUGAUAUUACAUUGUUCUUUUGUUGUAAAUCAUGACGAGUACCAAAACUUCAUGGGACAGAUUUUACACCUACUGUUUUAUUUCUGUGUAGUGGUAAAAGUUGUUGAUGAACUGUUCCUGUAUCCAGAGUGUAAUUACCAUGUAUGAGCUUGCUCAACAGAAAAGAAGUUCGAUGAUAAUGAGAAUAUUAAUUGUGAUGAUAAUGAGAAUGUUAAUUGUGACAAACAUUAAACAGUAAUAGAAUGAUGGCAUUAGCAUGAAGUUUUCAUGUAUUUACAUAUUAUAAGUAAAAUAUUUUUCAAUGUACAUAGCUAUAGAUGUAGUAUAAGAACUCAAACUUUAAUGUCACUUUACCUAGUAAAUGAUUUUAUGAAAAGAAGAUACCUGUAUAUGAACUUAAUAGCAGAAAAUUUAUCUUGUGAGAAACAUAUUGCAAAAAAAGAAAAUGCAGCAGAUGUACUCAUUGAAAGAAAUUCACACGUAGUUCACAAUUUUUGACAGGUUGUAACUUUACUAUGCAGACAUCUUUACAAUUUUGGUUUGCUUAAAGACCUAAAAACAGUUCAUACACACUGAAGUGUGAUUUUUUUUUUCCUUCUGUGGUGUGUAUACAUUCAGAAGUACCACUUUACAUACACAUUUUUCAUGUAUUACUGUCUUUGAUACUGAUCUCUCUUGCUUAUUUUCACACUCUCAUUCGCUUGGAGCACUUCAGGAAAUGUGAUGUCAAAUGUGACUAAAUGUUACAUUACUAUUGUUUAUGAUUUUUUUUUUUUUUUUUUUUUUUUUGAAAUCAACAACUAACCCAAAAUGGUAAAUAUAUUUGAUUCCAGACCACUGAUGAUGUUUUAACCCAAUGAAAGGAAAUACUUAUGUGUGCUGUGUGAACAAUUUUUAAAAUACUUUAGGUAAUUAUAUAUUACCAGAAUCCAUCAACACCAUAUCCAGGCCAAUAAAGGAAUUUACAUAUUGGUUUUAA